CUCCGGUUUCGCCACUCUCACACCCGCAAUGGCGGCUGACAGACAAGUAAGCUAUAUAUAUAGGCCUAGCCCCGCGGCCUUGAGCUAUAACCACUUCAACCAAGAAACCUUCUCUAAAAUCAUCAGUUAUAAUCGUCGCGUCGUUCGAUUGCUAUAUGAUGGCGGAGACCAAGGCGGUGGCUGGUGCGGCGGAGGCGGGCCCGGCGGAGGAGGGGAGGAGGAAGACGGUGGUGCUGGUCGCCGUGGACGACAGCGACCACAGCUACCGCGCGCUCGAGUGGGCCGUGCGGCACGUGGCGGCGAGGGCCGGGGUGGCCGGCGCCGGAGCGGUCGAGCUCGUCGUCGUCCACGCCAAGCCGCCCCCUUCCCCCGUGGUCACCAUGGGCGGCCCCGGCGUGUCCGGCGACGUGGUGAGGUUGGUGGAGGCGGACCUGCGCAAGAAGGCCGAGGGCGUCGUCGACAAGGCGCGCCGCCUCUGCGUCGCCAACUCGGUGCAGGGCGUGGUGGAUGUGGUCGACGGGGAGCCGAGGCACGUCCUGUGCAACGCCGUCGAGAAGCACCACGCCGAUCUGCUCGUCGUCGGCAGCCACGGCUACGGCGCCAUCAAGAGGGCAUUGCUUGGGAGCGUGAGCGACUACUGCGCCCACCACGCGCACUGCUCUGUGAUGAUAGUCAAGCAGCCCAAGUUCAAGAACUGACCUCCAUUUCCGGAGUUAGAUCAAUCGUGUGCCCACUUCCAGUGUUGGGAUUGUGCCAUUUAUGUGCCUACACAAUGUAUCCCUACUAAUUAUUUCUACUCCAAAGUGUGUACUCCCUUUCUUCUUUAUUCUGCAUAUUAGCGGUCAAGCUGUGUAACUUUCGAUCAAAUUUGUAGAAAAAAGUUAUGAACAUACGAAAUACUAAAUCAGUACGUUAAAUUCAUCAAA